AUGGUGUUCUUAAGGGGCGUCUCCGUGCUUUCCAAGAUACGAUCCCGUCUAGUAAGUUUUUCUGAUGCUAACGAUGUAAUUGUUCGACCCCGCCUUAGUUCUAUCUGCUUUGUUGUAUGUCGGCAUCUCUUUUUCGAGAGAACGAUUCUGAAGUGGACUGUGCUUCCUAGUGUUGCACAUUUCAUUUUUUAAUGUCGCGGUUUCUCUUGUUUUUCUCCUGCGGUUGGUUAUUGACUCUUCUCACAGGCGCAGCAGUCGGCGACUCUAGGGUCAGUGAGAUGGUUGCAGAUCCAGAGUGCUUCUGAUCUUGUAUGUCCUGAUAGCUUCUAUUUCAGUUGGAUUUACUCAUUAUAAACAUGCAUUUUAUCAUUUUCGAACUUACUCAAUUGUGGUUCUGUUGUCUUGCUUUAUCCUCUUCAUUCAGAUUUACAUAUCAUGGAAGUAUUUAGUAUCUGAACGCACAAUGUCAACGGAAUGAAUCUUCUGACUGCACCAGCCCUUUUGUGCCGAAGUAUAAUGUCUGUCAUGCUUAGUGUUUUAAACAUGCUGAGAUUUCUUGAGUGACAGAUGCAGUAAAUCAGCAAUAUCCUUUGGGAGGUCUUUGUUUCUCCUCAUUCUGUAGCGGGAUUAGGGAUACAAUGGUUUGCCUUUAUUUACUAGUGAUAUCUCAGUCAGCUUGGUUAGGCUAAAAAUGUAUUUUCUGCAAUCUAGUUUUUGUUGCAUCUGACGGGGGUUGAUGAAUUUUCUCUGAGAGGAUCGCUUGUUUCAAUAUCCAACUUGUGCAUGUGAGGGAAACACUUACAGGCUGCACUGUUAUUCUGUAAUCUUAAUUUGGUUGGUUAGUAAGAAAUCUUUUCAACAUAAGAUUUGGUGUCGAGCGACCUUGGUAAAAUGCACACGCUCUGUAAACUCCCAUUCGGUAUUUGUACCACCGUGUUCAAUGCUAGGUUGGCAUCUGAGUGUGAAACUUAUCUUCUCUCAGAGAAAACUAUGGAUCCUUCGUCAUUUAUUGCUGAAUUCAGAUUGAAAAGUUCUGCAAACAGCUAUUUUUGCCCGAAAGACUAAUUGAAAAAUCUUACCUGAAUAAAAAAUAGCAUGUGAUUUUUUUAACCAUGUGUCAGUCAUAAGUCUUUGAAAGAAUGAACGGACAAUAAUUCUGAAUCUUCACAUAUUUCUUGCUUGUCACGUUAUACUGUCAUUUAAAGCUUUUAAGUCAGUAAAAUAUCAUUUUUAUGGUGCAGGAUCUUCGUUCACAAUUGAAAGAUCUGAUUCCAGAGCAACAGGUACAAUCUUCUUCACAGUGAAAUGUCCUUCGGUUGUUUGUCGAAUAUACAUGCUCUUUCAUAGGAAUGACAUACCUCUAUAUCUUGCUUUCGAAUGAUAGUUUACACGCAUUUUUAAAAUUUUAAACUCAAUAUUUUUUUUUCAACGAACAUGGUUGCUAGAUUCCUACUACAGGGAAUGCGGUUGGGUAAUGCAACUGAAAACCAGUAGUAAUUUCCAAGAACCAUGUAGAACAGUGGGAAUUAAUCAGCCAGAAUCAUAUAAUGCAGUAAUCGGAUCUGAAUCAGCAAGAAAAUUCCUUCUUACUCUUCCCACGGUUAGACUGAUUCAGACUAGUUUCGGCCUUUUUGAUUUUGAUGAAGUUCAGAACUUUCUGUGGCUGAUUCACCCGCUUUUUUUGGUUUUCGAUUCUUUGGCCUUUGAACUAAUAUUUUCAAGUGAAAGUCUGCUUGUUUCAGCCGAUAGAUUUGACAGAGAAUACUUUCCUCUUUUUGGAAGCAAUACUUAACGUUCAGAAAGUUAGAAGGAGAGGGUCCUGAAAUGAAAAACAUUACUCUCACUUUCCAUAGGUUGAGGAAUAUUUUUAAGCAUUUGGUACGUGCCAGUCUGUGUUGAACAGGGAGGUUUGAACACGCCAAUGAUACCUAAGAAUAAGGAGAGUCUAGAAAAAAUAUCGUUGAAUGAAGUGGAGGGUUUGUAUGGUGCAACGAGGAAAAUUGUUGUAGUUUUUUCUCUGAAGCAUGUAUAAAUAUUAGAAUGCAGUUUUUCUUUUUCAUAGUUAGAUAGCUCCAGUGGGGUUUUUAAGUGUACAUUUUUUCUUUCAUUGUUUCCUCAUUAACACCUUUUCUUUCAUUUAAAUUAUCGAAUAUAAUACACUAAUUAUUAUAAUCCCUCUAAGUAAAUAUGAAAAUAUUUCAGUUAUUAUAAACCGGAAUUAGCCUUUUGGUUAUCAUGUGAGGGCACAAAACAUGUUGAUGGCACAUAAUAUGCUUUUUCUCCUUACAUUGUGUUUGAUUCGCAAAGUUUCAAUAUUUUCCAUCUAAAACCCUUUUUUUUUGUCUGAUGAUAUAUUAAGUAAUUUUUUAAUGGUAAGAAACCCAAUGUCGUUAGUGAUAAGAUUUAUAUAUGUUUCGUAAGCCAUUCAUAGUGAUGGUUCAAACGUUUUUUGUUUGAUAAAUGUGCCAGCAGUUCACCCCUUCCACCCAAGCAAGAUUUCUUAUGUUCUUAAUACUUCUUUUGCAGGAGCGCUUGAAAAAGUUGAAAUCAGAACAUGGUAAAGUCGAACUAGGAAAGAUCACUCUUGACAUGGUAUGUCUAUCCAUAUGUUUUAAAGUUAAUAUUUGUAUUACUUUUGUGCACUCUUUGCUGGGAUUUUCUUUUUGAUUCUUCUUUUUCUUUCAAUCAAACCUAAUUAGAGAGCACUACGAUUUAAAUGCCAAAAUAUUAUUGAGUUCUUUUUCUUUGAAACUUGACAAGGUAAUUGGUGGAAUGCGAGGAAUGACUGGAUUGUUGUGGGAAACUUCAUUACUUGACCCUGAAGAGGUGAUCUUUUUCUCCUCCUCUGCCCCCAAGUUUGAAGUUUUUUUAUGUGGUUCAAAGAGCUUACCAUUACGCAACAUAUUCUUGUAAAAUCAUGGUAAACCAUUAUACUUCGUUUCCUGCUUCUUUGAGGAUUUAUAUGGGUAUUCCUGUGUGACUUGAAUGGCUUCGUUCACUCUAUCCAUAUUCAGGGAAUACGCUUUAGAGGUCUUUCUAUUCCUGAAUGUCAGAAAGUGCUGCCUGCUGCACUUCCUGGUGGUCAACCAUUGCCUGAGGGUCUUCUAUGGCUUCUUUUGACUGGAAAGGUACAGGCCUUGCUUGCUAAUUUGGUGAUUUUUAUAUUUUAAUAAGCUAUUAAUCCUUUUUCUAAUUUAUGUUUUUAAAAACUUGCUUGUGGCUAGGUGGUCUAUGUCCCAAUGCUGUUAUGAAAGUUUUGAUGCAGGAAUAUGAUUCUCUCAUUUUCUGAAUAAAUAGAGGCAUGGGGAUCAGUAUUGAGUUCUUUCAUGAACAAAAAUUAAUUACUUUAUUGAUUUGGUACCACCAGCUCUAUUACUUUUGUUGCCUCACCUGUCAAAACCAAGUCUGUCAUCUGGUUCAUUUCCGUUUAGAUUUGAAAAAUUAUGGUUAUGGUUCAUUGAACACUUCAUUGUGGGUGGAGGUAGGUUGGGCUGCUGGCAUAAUAACACAUUUCGGAUUAACAACUGUUUCAAGUCGCAAUCGUUUAAGAAAUUUGAAGAUCAAGUUGGAAAUUCUAUAUCGCCUAAAUUUAUGGCAUACGUUUUCACUUUUUGAAAAUAGAAAAGGUUAGAGAUGCAGCCAUGAACUUUGAAACGCACGCAUCUUCUAUCUACAUUGUAAAACUUCAAAAGCAUGGAUGGAUUAAUAUUUAUAAUUUACUUCUGGAAAAUAUCUUUAGUUGAACAAGUGUUUGGAUCCAUGGCCUUCGAAACGCUUUGGAAUAUUUCGUAGGAGAUGUUUGCACUUGUGUUAAUGAAAAUAUAAAUAAUGAUUUAGUCCACAACAUUACAAAUUUAAGAUGAAAAUUAAUUGUGGUUGCUGUAGUCUUGUUUGAAUGAAGUCGAAGUGACAUAGAACUACAUUUGUGUGUAUUUUAAAGUUUUUGACCCUAAUGAAAUUUUGUAUGAAAAAAUAUUUAUAAAACACAUUUUCUUUAGUCUAAAGUCAUGAUAGAAAAAUAUAAAUAUCUAAAUUAUAAAAGCGUUGAAGAACUUACUUGGGUAUUGAAGUUAAGCCGAAAGUGAAUUGACUUGAGUUGAAACGUCAGUGUGAAUGGAUUGACUUGAGUUGAAACAUCAGUGUGAAAAUUAACUUUUUUGCUAGUAUAAUCUAGCGUACACGACAUAUGAAAGUUUAUAAUGGUUUGGCCUAACCUCUAUUCCCCAUGUCUCCCUUUAUGUAUUUUCACUAUGUUAGUUCUUAACCUAUUAGACGUUGACUUUUUUAAGGUACCAACAUCCUUUACUCCAACAAGCCUUGUUCUGUGGCAACCUUUUAAAAUUCAAUAAAAGAUAAGGUAAAUCAACUUAUUAAACGAAUAAGAUAAUUAUAGAACACUGUUGACGCUUGAAUGAUCUAUUAAUUUGGAUGACGAUUGAGUGCUUGAAGGCCCAUGUACUUGAUCUAACAUUUGAUGAAGCUUUUAUUAUUUAGUCUGUCUUGCAAAGAGUUUCUUCGUCAACGAUGAGAUAGUGGCUACUUCUCAUCCUUUUUUGGUUCUUAUUUUAGUUCACGUAACACUUAUGGCCUCGUCAAUUUCCAUACUUGCAUGUCAACACAUGGUCAUAGGUAUUGAUGCCUAAAUUGCAAUGGCUAAUCCCCGUGGCUUCUGGCCUUCGUUUUACUUCUAAAAUGUCAUCACUUGAUAUAUAAGCAUCAAUAUUUGAUGUGUGUCAACACCUGUACUUUGGGAGUUGAUGCCUGAGUUUUGGUUCACUUUUUUGCGUACAACAUAGCUUAUUAUCUUUGCAUGUUUUCUCCGAUAUUUUGAAGGAUCAGUUCAUGUUCCACUGCCUUCCUUUUUUGGUCAUUUUUGGCUUGGAACUUUUGUACUUGCCUACAACUUACAGAAAAAAAAAUUAAUACAGAAAAUGUUAAUAAUUAAAAUCAACUCAUUAGCUUUAACUAUAAUCAACAUAAAACUACAGUAAUAAAAGAAUGGACUUAUAAAAAAUCUCAGUGAACAUAAAUUGUGGUCGGUGGAGUGGAUCACAAUUCAAAUAAAUUCCAAACGAGCAUCAGAGGCCUAGUAAAUCCUGUUAUUUUGAAUUUCUCCCGUAAGGGAGAGGACAAUAUAUAAAUAAAAGAAAAAUAUAAUAGGACAAUAUAAAUAAUAUAAGUACUAUAAAUAAAUAUAUACAAAUAAAAAGAAUGAAAAAAAAGUCACAUAAAAGCUGAGAAACCGGUUGUCUUUUUGGCAAGACAAUGACCAGGAGAAUGGGAAGAUUGAUUUUAUAUGGAUGCUGGCUGUGAAGGAAUAAUGUGAUUUAUGAUGUUGGCGAAUUAUUGAAUAGCGUUCAUGCCAUUAAAUUUUAUUAAUCAUGGGGUAAUGAUGUUAGUUAUAUGAAGAUACCGUAUUUGCUCCUUGAUUACUCUCAAGAAAAAAAAAAAGGAAUAAUUGAGGGAAAAUGUCAGAUAUGCAGGAAAAAUCGUUUUUGUGCCAAAGCGUAUGUUCUUUUCUACACACGAAAUACUUCUUAGGGCUCUGUGUUCGAUCUGCUUUUUGAAUAUAUAGAGUUGUUAUUUUUUCUUGGAAUUACGUUUCUCACUUGGCGCCUCUUUGUUCAUUCUUGAUUGUUUUACCUACUGUAGAUACCAAAUAAGGACCAAGUUGAUUCUUUAUCCAAGGAAUUGCAGUCACGCUCUUCAGUUCCAGGUUUUAUCGUUUACUACCUUUUGACCAGUUCAUAUGCUCUGUAUGAUCACUUUUUUUGCCGAAGUUAUAUGGAAGUUUGCUAUAACACAUUAGCUGUUGCCUUUAACUUGAUUUUCACUAUUCAAGCAUGCUGAUUUCUUGCUGAGGAUCAUUAAUCAUGCCUUGAAUCGGUGGUGUUGACUUAUAUGCGUGUCUUGCGAUUCCGAAAUGUGAAUGGUUUCAAGGAAAAGUAUGGAUAGGGAAUGUACAUAAUGGGCAAAACCAAACACCUAAUAGCUACUCCAAGAAACAAGGUUUAAGUAUAACCCUUUGUAAUUUUAAUUUUUACUGACAAGGUUUAGAGUUUGUUGUGAUAUGUAUAACUUUUCUUCUGGUUACAUAAAUGAUGCUGCUAGAGUUGGUUUUGGGUUUGGAUUUGUGGCCAGAAGCUUUCAGCAUGAUUAACGAUUUUUUAAGCUUCAGUUGACUGGGAAGCCUAGUACUUGAAUGAGGGUCUACGGUUACCUUUGUAAGGUUCAUGAUCAAGUUCACGUCAUGUUCAAUAGUUACAGAUGACCAAAUGACUAAUUUAGCUUUAUUUGCUAUUUCCCAAUGUCCUUAAAUUUGUUCCAACCUGCUGGCUGUGCUGAGCGGGUAGUGACUGGGAGGAGCUGCCUUUUUUUUCACUUAGGAUCUGUGACUCUGCUCCCAUUACUUUAGUAUCCGGUUCGUUCUCUGUUUGAUUCUAAGCUUCUCAGGGAGCUUCAGUUCCUUAUUUGUGUUGCAUGUCUGAACAUUGGUAACACGAAUCCUGGUCGGUCUUCCCUUUUCAUACCCUGGACCGCAUGCCUUGUAAUUGGCAUUGGUUAAGAUUUAGUAGAUAACUUUUCUAAUUCAUUUGACACUUUAGCUUCUCCGCUGGUUCCCCAUUGUGUGUUUUGCCUCACUUCUGAAUUCAAUUAUGACGAAUAGCUUUUGAUCCAAAUCAUGCAUUGAGGCUAGAUAUUUGCGUGUUUACUUUGAUUUUGGUGAUUUACUUUGUUGUCCUUCAACACUGCAUGCAUCUAAGCGUAAAUACCCCAGAAAAUUAAUCCUUUCAGUGUGUUGGCAGAGUAUGUAUACAAGGCUAUUGAUGCACUUCCUAUAACAUCUCAUCCAAUGACACAAUUCGCGUCUGGCAUUAUGGCACUUCAGGUUGAUAAUGAUAUUUUUUUAUGAUAUUUCUAGUAAUUUUUUAGUAGCAUUUUCUACUGCACUUUUAGUGACUUAUCAAAUAUUCUUGUGACUGACUAUUAAGCUGAAAAUGCACAAUCAAUAUGUCUAUCAUUUAUUUAUACAGCUUUUACGCUGAUUUUUUUGUUGAGUUACAUCCUAUAUCUCCAACUCUUGGGAGAGUGCCAUUUUUUUAAGAUUAUUAAAUAUGCUGAGCUAUUUUUGUAGUCUUUUUUGUUUGCAUAUGGUUGUUUUUUUUAUUGUCAAAUGUUGUUGUUUUCUGAUUGUGAGCUUUAUGAUAAUAUUCAUCUAGUAAAAGUGGUGUGAUACUCCAUUUCCGUACUUUGUUGGGAGAUAUCCAGAGUUUUAUACUUGUGAAUCAAAACACUCAUGGGAGUACAGUAAUUCAGUGGUAUGCCAAUCUUUCCUGGUUAAAUGGUGAACUAGUCUAAACAGGCUAAUUUUAAAUAAUAUUCUAUUUUUUUAACAUGCUAAUGUUGAGUAUUGCAAGACAUGUCUAAAAACAGUAGUUCUGUUUUUUCUGGCAUAGUAAGACAUGCCAAUACACAUGCAAGACAGGCCAUUGUCAGUUUUUUUAAUUUCCCAUUAGAAACAUUGAUAAUCCUAUUUAAUCAAUCAAAGACGCCAGUUUUUGUUCCUAGCUGGUAAACAAUUGUUGGAUUUGUAUGUAACCAGUCAAAAAUAUCACAUAUUCAUUAGGCUUUGGCUGGUGCAUCUUUUCUCAGUGGAGGCCUUUCCUUUUCCUAUCCUGCAUAAAAUGGCUGGUCCACUCCCCACUGAGAAGCAGGUUCUGAUCCUUUAGAAUCACCUAUAAUUAAUGUUUUCCUUCUCUUCUUGAUUUUACUUUUGCUCCUUGUGUUGGUCAUGUGAGCCUUUCCUUCUCUCUUUAAGGUCACCGUUUAGAAUGGUUGGAGUGUGAUGCUGCCAUGGCGCAUCUGGGGUAGAAUUUCUUGCGAACUUUCAAUUAGUGAUGUAGGAAUGAUGCACUCUUUUAGGAGCGAAGGAUUGGCACUGAUCAAGGGACUUUUUGAUAUCUCCAACUAGCACUAUUUUUCUACCAUGGAAAAGUUGCUCCUAAUUUUUUCUCUAUUCAACUUCCUCUGCUAGAAAUGCUUUCCAAAACAGAAGAGUUGGCAAAUUAUCCAAGGAAGAUGUCAGUUGUCAGAUCACUCAAUUCCUUGGAGUGAUCACAUCUUCGCUCCUUUCCAAAGAGGUAAAAGACAAUGAUUCCCCCGUCUUCUCACUCUUGAGAGUGAGAACCUAUGCAUCUUGGGGUUUGAUAUCUAUAUGCAAAGAAGCUCUAGAGGUAGGAAGGGUAGGGAACAAACCAGUUUGUGGAGUGUUCUUCGGGGAUAUUAUGAACAGAGGAAUCUCAGAGCUUCUGAAGGAAGAUAUCAUUUAAAAAAAAAGUGUAGUCAGCGUUCUCCUGAUGCAGGCAUGCUCUGUUUAUCAAUUGGGCAAGGGUCAACCCCAGUUUCUCAUCAUGAUCCAUACAGCCCAGGCCUAAAAUAUUACAGUUUAGUGUGAAGUUCAUCUAGUGUAUAUUUUUGUAAACUCAAUUCAUCGAGCCAUUGAUAUUGCGUUAUUAGUAGCAAACAUGCCUUUCGGUGAUCCCUUGAUUCUCAGGAUAAACUGGGAUGCUGAUAAUAGUUGCCUAUUUGGACUUUAUAUCAGGUUCAAAGUGAAUUUCAGAAGGCAUAUGAGAAGGGAAUAUCAAAGGCGAAGUGAGUUUUAACUCUAUUACACGAGCUAAACUUCAUCCUCACACUUAAAACAAACAUAUUGGAGUUCACGCGAUAUUUCGUAUCACAGAAACCUUAAUUGCUUUCAGGUAUUGGGAGCCUACCUUUGAGGACUCUCUGAACCUGAUUGCGCAAGUUCCUGUUGUGGCUGCAUAUGUGUAUAGAAGGUAAAAAUUCGUUUUACAUGUUGUCAGUUAAAUUUCCUUUUACAUGAAGUGGUCUACGGUACAUCCAUUUUAAUUAUUUUAUUGCCUGGUAUCAUUGUCAACCAACGAUUCAUGGGAGAGAUAUAGAACUCUCACCUGAAAAUUCCGUCUGUUUUUCCUUAUUUUCUGUCUAAAUCAACUGAAAUGUCUCUAAAGCUUUCAAAUUUAAUAUUAUCCCGAACUUUGUUUAGGGGAACUUUCAGUAUGUUAACUUAAUUUCCUUGCUUGAAGAAUAUACAAAAAUGGGCAAAUCAUACCUUCGGAUGAAUCUUUGGAUUAUGGUGGAAACUUCUCCCACAUGCUUGGCUUUGAUGAUCCCGAAAUGCUGGAGCUAAUGAGACUAUAUGUCACUAUCCACAGGUAUUCAUAUAGCUUUCCUGUUCAUGGUGUACUUUUCCUUGUCAGUUCUAUUUUCCUUUUUUCUUUCCCAUAUUUUUGAGUUCUGCAUGCAAAUGACAUAACUAACCACUCUUUAUAAUUACAUUUAUGAACAGCGAUCAUGAAGGGGGUAAUGUUAGUGCUCAUACCGCACAUCUGGUAAGUAUCAGCCUUGUUUUAUUGCUGAGAGAUUGUUUUUGUGGCAUAUUCCUUGAUGUUCAUUACAUACUACUAAUAUAAUAUGUAAUGGAUGGAGGAAAGAUGCAUCCCCCCAUACAUUUUUCAUUCUAAAGAAUUAUGUCCAGCAUGUAUUGUUGCAGAAUCUGUGUUCUCUCAUUGCUUACUUAACGAGGUGGGUAUUUCCCACUUGCGCUGACAGUAGAAUAUGCGCUCAACCUGCAGGUUGCUAGUGCACUUUCAGAUCCCUAUCUUUCAUUUGCAGCUGCAUUAAAUGGUUUAGCUGGCCCGCUUCAUGGAUUGGCCAAUCAGGUAAAUAAUAUAGCCAUUUUUUUUCUCCAAUUUUUCUUUUACAAUGUUUGCAUCAACAUAUAAAUUAUCCACUAAAACUACAAUUCAUCUGAAUUUUCCAUUGUCAUUACCGUCAGCAUUGAGAACCAUCUUUUGGGGCUAUUCCAGAUUUUUAAUGGUUCUCGGGAAUGUGACUAAUUUUAUGGGUUGAAAUAUUGCGAUGAAGAUAGGUUUGGUUAGAAAGAUCCAUCACCACCAGGACCUCGUUUAAGUAAGACGUGAAGAUGUGCUGUCAAAAAUCUUAUAAAGUUCCUUGUUGAAGGUGGCAUAAAACACAAUCACGCUGGAGUUGGGCUUCCAGAGUUUAUCAAUCUAAGUUCAACACCAUCCUGUGCCAUUCUUAGAUUGGUUGGACGAAUGAGAAGUGAACAGGAUUAGGAUCAUUAUUUUUCGUGGGGAGCUUCUCUUCUAUUCUGGCUACCCUUUCUCCCGUAUCUAAAGUUAAAAUGUUCAUUGAUCAACCCGAGUGAGGUCAACUUGUUCAGUGUUAACUUCUUCGGUGAUAAUACUCAUCCUGGUCUCCCCCUGGUUUAUAGAUCAGGCUCUCUUUAUGUAUUCCAAUUACACUUUUGAUUUCUCUGAAGAAGAGAAUGGUACCACUUGUCAAUAAUUAAAUCUAUUCGUACAUGGUUAACACAGAACAAUUUGGAUUGUUUGAACUCAAACUAUACUAUUUAGUUCCCAUUUUUAAUUCUGGAUAUAUUGCGUUUCUUCAUGGCUAUAAAUCAACUGCUUUUGCCUCUGAGAGCCAGAGUCUUUUUAUAACAUUUUUUUUAUCCCAUCUUAUGGCUACAGGAGGUCUUGUUGUGGAUCAAAUCUGUGGUAGAAGAAUGUGGGGAGAACAUAACAACUGAGCAACUGAAGGAAUAUGUCUGGAAGACAUUAAAUAGUGGCAAGGUAAGAACGCUUAUGCGUAGAUUUGGGCAAUUGAUUCCCAUUAAAAAAUAGUUCACCAUGCAUUUAAGGAGUUCAUUGUUUUAGACCCGGUUUAUUUUAGUGCACGUUUCUGUAGCAGAAUGCGUAUCUAAACUCGAUGGAUAUGAAUGUAGAUUCUUCUUUUUGCUCUUAUAAUUCACUAUUGUUCAUGAUGGAUUUUACUGACUCGGCCUUGUGCCUGAAAUUUCUUGGUUUACUGAAAAGCUGUGAGAUGAUACGCCAGUCUUUGUAACGUUUUAUGUGAUUUCUGGAAAGUUGGGUCAAUGCGUGAAAUUUAUUUACUUUGUAGGAUUUACACAAAUAUGAAAAGAACAGAAAUACAAUGAAACGUUACAAAGACGUUAGUACAAAUAUCCUAACGAAGAGAUCCUUAGGGAUGCUGAGCAAAUUUUUUUGCCCAAACUAUCCUCAGAGAUUCCUUGCAGAUGUUUGGAUUUGUGAUGAAGCUAAAGUACCUGAUAAAACUGGCUCAGUCAGUGUGGUUAGCUAGUUUAUGCAUUGUCCUAAGCUCUUUGCUUGGAGGGCAUUUGGAAAUGUGAGAUUCAUCAAAAUGUUUCAGUAUAAUGCUUUGUCUCUCCCUUUUUGCAUGUUUCCUCCCUACCAUAUUUUUGAACUCCUUAUGUUCAUCUAAAGCUUCAAAAACGUUAUCCAGGUUGUUCCUGGUUAUGGUCAUGGUGUUCUGCGUCAAACAGAUCCAAGAUAUGUAUGCCAAAGGGACUUUGCACUGAAGUACUUACCUGAUGACCCACUUUUCCAGCUGGUAAUAUACUUUUAUGUGGUUGAAAAAACAGUUUAUUUUGAAUUCGUAUUUCCCUUCCUCAGCAGGUUCAAGAUUACCAAAUUGUCUGGGAAAAUUGAUUUGUUGGUUAUACUGAUAAAGACUUUCGCGUUACAGGUUUCAAAGCUUUAUGAGGUAGUCCCCCCAAUACUCACUCAGCUCGGCAAGGUAUGGCUAUUUAUGCCCUUUUUUUCAUUGAAUUAUUUUAUAUUAUUAAGAUAAUGAUCAACCUUCCCUAACGUGUCAAGAUGACCUUCCACCUUCUUCAAAGGUGAAAAUUUUUCUGCUAUAAAAAAAGCCGAAAUUUGAUGGGCGGCUCAUGGGAAGGCUCAAACUGUCUGAUGACAUUAUACUUUUGCUUAUUUAUUUUAAGAUUUGAAACUAUUAUGUUACUGGAUGAAACUUGGUUUAUACAUGUGAUUACCUCAAAGCUUCAUCUGUUAGCCACCAAUUAUUCCAAAUCUGGAGAUAUCACAUUUACUAGUAAUCAGACUCUGUCUACUGUAGAUACAGGUCUUGUCUCAUGAACAAGAUGGGUAUUUUUCAGAAAGAUUUACCGUCCUAACUUUUCUGCUAAAUCUCUCAAACUACAGGUUAAGAACCCUUGGCCAAAUGUUGAUGCUCACAGCGGAGUCUUAUUGAAUUACUUUGGCUUGUCUGAAGCGAGGUGAGCGGUUGCAAGAAUCAUUCGCCGUAAUCCUUCCCAUUGAUUGUCGAUUUGCUUCGGUUUAAACAGGACGAUUAACUUCUCCCACUCUUGAAGGAUGCCCACUUGUAAUUAUAAUUACUGUAUGAUUAUGUUUCCAUGUGCAUUGCUAAUGGAAAUGGCAGUAAUUAUGGCAAAGCCUUUCCAAUCGAAGUAUAAUUGUUGACUUGCCUUAGCUUAAACUGGAUGAUUGACCUCUCCCUCUCAUGAGGAAUGCCCGUUCUACAACUAUAAUUAUCACAUAAUCAUGUUCACACGAUCAAGCUAGUAUUUUGGUAAUAAAAAUCUGGUGCUGAAUGCAGGUAUUUCACCGUCCUCUUUGGCGUCUCGAGAAGCAUAGGGAUCUGCUCCCAGGUUCUGUCCCCUUCUUUGGCCUACUCAGUUUGAUAUCAUCUGAAGAAAGGCCCAUCAUCACCUUUCUUCCUUUUCGUGAAUCCUUGAGCUCUCUCUCUCUCUCUCUCUCUCUCGCUUACGCUCUCUCACUGUGCAGCUGAUAUGGGACCGGGCUCUCGGGCUGCCACUUGAACGACCCAAGAGUGUGACUAUGGAUUGGGUCGAAAGCUUCUGCAAGAAGGCUGCUUGA